CUUACAAAUUACAAUAAUAACCUUUAUCUCAAAGUAAUACAGUACAAAUAGAAGGGAAAAUCCUCUCAUCCCAUAAUAGUAGCUGCGCUAUAUUCCCAGUGUAUCUAUGUGAAUGAAAAUCUCAAUAGGUUUCCACGGUAACUAUAAUUUAACGAAUCAACAAACGAUAACCCAAAUGAAGACUCGGUCAACUUUCUCUCUUAUUUCUUGCAUGUCUAUUCAUUUUGAAUUCCUUUCUCUUGGUCUUCCAUGUUUAUAGGUUGUUGCUUGUCCGUCGCCCAUAAUUCCAUGCCAAAAAACCAAAGAAAAACCUUCCCCCCUCUUUUCAACAUAUCUUGCCUCCAAAAUUCUACCAAAAAAUUGCCAUCCCAUGUAACCUAACACAGAAGGAAGAACCAAGAGAAAGAAACAAGGGGUUGAAUCUCAUUGCCGCAAACAUUGCGAAUACUAAGGAAAAUGGCGCCCAUGGUGCAGGGCAGAGCAGCACUUCUUCAUCAUCGUCAUCAUCAUCUAAUAAGUCUUCCCCGAAGCAAAACCCAGCACCACCCAUGGCAGUUUUUCAUUCGGGAAUGUCCCCUUUGUUGAUUGAAACUGCCCCUCGAAGCACCGAUCCUCCGCCAUCAAUGGACGAUGGCGGAGGUGGAGGUGGUGGGUUCGAGAUGACAGAGCUCCACCAUGCUCCCUCCAAGUUAGCCCUGGAUGAGUGUGGAGAUUACCCUCCCGUACGGAGCUUUCAAGAUGCAAAGACCAUAUGUGUUAUGGAGUCAUCCAAGUUAUGGGGGAUUGCAGGUCCUAUUGCAUUCAACAUCCUCUGCAAUUAUGGGGUCAAUUCCUUUACCAAUAUAUUUGUUGGACACAUUGGGGACGUUGAGCUCUCUGCUGUUGCCAUUUCCCUCUCUGUUAUUGCAAACUUCUCUUUCGGCUUCUUGCUUGGAAUGGGAAGUGCAUUGGAGACACUCUGUGGGCAAGCUUUCGGCGCAGGGCAAGUUGAAUUGCUCGGGGUAUACAUGCAACGAUCUUGGCUCAUCUUGCUUGGUGCUUGCUUCUUCUUGCUGCCGCUCUACCUCUACGCCACGGAAAUCCUGAAGCUCCUCGGAAUCGAGCCCGACAUUGCCGAACUGGCCGGCAGAUUCACCAUUCAGGUCAUCCCCCAGAUGUUCUCUCUGGCCCUCAACUUCCCUACCCAGAAAUUUCUGCAGGCGCAGAGCAACGUUGGGUUCUUGGCAUGGAUUGGUUUCGUGACUUUCGUCAUCCACAUAGUUCUGCUCUACUUCUUCAUCUACAUCUUCAAAUGGGGGCUGACUGGUGCUGCUGUGGCUUACGACAUCUCGGCUUGGGGAUUGGCUCUGGCUCAGGUGGUUUACAUCGUUGGAUGGUGUAAGGAAGGCUGGAGAGGGCUGUCCUGGUCAGCGUUUAAGGACCUCUGGGGUUUCUUCAAACUCUCCAUAGCUUCAGCUGUGAUGAUUUGUUUGGAGAUUUGGUAUUUCAUGACCUUAAUUGUGCUUACUGGCCACCUUGAAGACCCUAUCAUCGCAGUUGGGUCUCUUUCUAUAUGCAUGAACAUUAAUGGAUGGGAAGGGAUGCUCUUCAUCGGGAUCAAUGCUGCCAUAAGUGUUAGGGUCUCAAAUGAGCUUGGAUCAGGACAUCCUAGAGCAACCAAGUACUCUGUAAUAGUAACCUGCACGGAGUCUCUCCUCAUAGGAAUAUUUAGCGCGGGAGUAAUUCUAGCAACCAGAGAAGAUUUUGCUGUCAUUUUUACUGACAGCAAUGAGAUGAAGAAAGCAGUAGCUGACUUGGCUUAUCUUUUAGGGAUAACAAUGAUCCUGAACAGCAUCCAACCGGUAAUCUCAGGGGUUGCUGUUGGAGGAGGGUGGCAAGCUUUAGUGGCUUAUAUAAACUUGUUUUGUUACUAUGCUGUUGGUUUGCCUCUUGGUUUUUUCCUUGGUUACAAAACAAGUAUGCAUGUGAAGGGGAUUUGGCUGGGGAUGAUUUUUGGGACCUUUUUGCAGACAUUAAUUCUUAUUUGCAUUAUCUGCAAAACCAAUUGGAACAAGGAGGUUGAACAAGCAUCAGAAAGAAUGAAGCAAUGGGGAGCAGGAAAUGACUCAAUGCUACCCACUUCUGAUACUAGAUAAUAGGCCCUUGAAGAUUUAGACACUCUCAUAGUGAUUUCUUUUGGUCUAAAAGAAGGGGAAAAAAUGAAAAAUAAGGAUGAGAAGGAAACAUAGAAUUUCAUAGCAUCUUUUGACUUACAAAAAAAAUUUGGCUUCUUCUUCCGUGUUUAAGUGAAAAGAGGAAGAAAAAAAUUGUACAGUUAUAUAAAUUGGGUUUUAAGUUCAUUUGUUUAGGGAGUUUCAUGGAAUGUUGGUAAUUUUAUAUUUUGAAGGUUUCAUUGUUUACCUACAACCUAAUAUUUUUUUUUGUGAAACAAGAGACUAUUAUUGUAGUUUGUUAGUGUACGAAUGUGUAAUUUAACUCUAUAAGUAUCAUGUGUUGUAAGCCUAGGAUUUAUAUUCUCCUAUCUUGAUAUAAUUUUCUGAUUCUUCUUUUAUACGAAAAGAAAUGCUAUGAUCUCCUACAUGGACAUAAGUUAUAUAUGUUGCUUAACCGUCUUAAUUCUGUCUUCCAAAUAAACAACAACGAAUCGUUACCCUUUUAUCAUUUUAUCCCGCUUCGUCUCACGUCAAUAAGUCCAUAAAAAAGCAUUCUUCUAACAUUUAUUUUCCAACAACCCAUUGAACUGGUAACAUGUCGCCAUGGAGAACACCUCAUCCACAAUUCAGAACUUAAUGAGAUUACAACAUUAGGAGAUUGCCUGCAGUUCAUCUUAAAGAAUUGAGAUAAAGUAGUUGUAAUGGUAGUUUGCUUCAUGAAUCUGAUGAAAAAUGAAGGUUUAGGUAAAAUUUGAGUUUUGUAAAACCAUGGAUAUAUAAAGCUUUUGGGUUCAUUAUGGACUUGUAAAAUAUCAUUGUUUGUUUCAUUGAUUUCAUGAUGAAUUUGGUUAAUUAGAUUUGUGUUCAUGAAGUGAAAAUGACCUAUAUUACCCUCAUUGGUAUGAGAUGAGAAAUAUGAAACAUGUAUAGUUUGGUCAUAAAUGAUGGAUUUUAAAGUCCCACCUUAAUAGGUGGAAUUUUCAAGUUCGUGGACUCACGGAUUUGGACCCCUAAAGUCCAUGGAGCCCACAGAUUUGUUGCCACAAAAUACAUGAAGCAAACAAUGGACUUUGAACAAAAUCCAUGAUAGAUCCAAAUCCAUCCCCAAAUCCAUCAAGCAAUCAAGAAUAUAAGUUUGGAAUUCUUGGUAUGUUGGGCCAAUUCUUUGAUAAAGUGGAUUGUAGAUAAUUUAUCCAUGGGCUUAUUGUCCAUAUCAUUUGUAAUUCCAUGGAUUAGUGAAAUGAAUUAACCUAAAGGUC